AUGACGACGGUAUUUCAAGGCAGACUAUCGGAGAAUCUAAAAUUUGGACAUAUUUUGGAAAUUGUGGGUGAGGCAGAAGAGAACGGUUAUUGGUUCUCCAUAUCUUUAGCAUCAGAUAAAUUCAACGAAUGCGAUGAUGCGGUUCACAUCGGUUUGCGUAUGUCCGUAUAUCUGCAGGAGGAUUUGAUUGUAUUCAAACAACGUCUACAUGGUGAAUGGAAGACAUUGGGCAGCGAAGAAUUCCUCGGUCGUAUAUUUCUCAAACAAUUUCAAAUAAAUAUGGCCCUGGACGAAAAGAAAAUUUAUAUUUCAAUAAAUGAUCGAAAAUUAACAUUUCUUCGAUUUGUACCGCUGCCCAAAGAUCUAAAUACCAUAUCAAUAACGGGAGAUGUGAAAUCUUUAAAGAAAAUUGAUCAUCGUUCGUAUUUUCCCAGCUUAUGGCCACCUAUAAAUCUGACAGAAAAUCAUUUGGAAUUUAGUAAUGAUUUACCGAAUAGCUAUCAACCGGGUCAGGUUAUGGUCGUAACCAUGAGUAUAUUUGGCAAACCCAAUGGUCGUUUCCAUAUGCACUUUUGUAAUAUCUACAAUUGGAAACGUCAGGAGGUACACAUCAGUGUACGUUUUGAUAGUCGGAAAAUUGUGCGAACUUCUAAGCUGCCGGUACAGGAUUAUAUGGAUACAUCUGAAGAGAAUUUCGAGAAAUUAAUUUUUGGCAUCGAGGAAAUCCACGGGGACUUUCCCUUUGAUCGUUUCCCCGUUACCUGUAAAUUUGCCUUUGGCUUCACCGCCGAAAAAAUACUAGUAGCCAAAGAUGGUCGUUUCCUAUUCGAUUUCAAUUUUAGAACACUGAAUGUUUUGUCGGAACUUUCAGGUUUAAAGAUUUUAUGUCUACAGGGAAUGUCAGUUCACGUUAAGGCAAUAGAUCAUCUUCAGAUGGAAGAUCCACAAUGUCUCACACUUUUGCCCACCACUUCCAUUUUACGUACGUACAUAACGCAAACUCGCAAUCGUAUGUACAUUGAAAGUAUUACGCAUAAAUUGCAUUUUGGUGGCCAUAAUAUUAUUGGAGAGUUGGUAACUUUGGUGACAAUUGGUGGCGAAACAUUUAGUUUUUAUCCGGAAAUCAUUGAAAGCGAACGCGUUAAUACGCUCCAGCCCAAAAGCGCUCCCAACAAAUGA